AUUUUGGAACAACUUGUUCAGGAUUUGCUUAUUCUCACGCCCGCGAUCGUGAAAUUACCUGUCAAUAUUCAUGGUCCAAACAAUACGCGAACAUUAUUUCCAAAAGUUCACACCGUGCUCCAAUAUGAUGAAUCCUGGAAUGUAGUAGCAUGGGGUGAAAGUGCUUUGGCCAGAGAAAUAGAUUUCUGGGAUGAUAAUGAAGAAUGCGCUGAUAAGGUUGCAACGACAACGCUGGAAUACUUCAAGCUGCAUUUAGCUGGUUCUGAAGAAGAAAAGCCCUACUUGCCAGAAGGAUUUGAUUAUCGAAAAGCAAUUAAAGAUUUUCUCAAAAAAAUGAUGGAAUUGGUCAAGGAAACCCUUACUAAAAGAUGGCAAGAAUUAGAAAUGUCUCAAGUCCGAUUUGUUUUUACCAUACCAGCGCAAUG